AUGUUUUUCAACACAGCAUUGAUCUGCAGCAUUCUUAGCGUCAUGGCUAAGGACAAUCUUCAGAAGACGUUCGACGACAACAGUGUCAAAGCAGAAGAGAAAGCAAUUGAACUUUCAACAGGAAAGUAUCUGUUGCUUAAAAAUGCCACCCUUGAAAAGGGAGUAACUGAUGCGAAGGCAUUUGUUGCUGAGAAGGUCGACAAGGAUGCAGAAGAGCUUGACAUGAAAACAUUCAAUGCUAAGGAUGAUGGUUUCACCACCGCAGCAGCUAUGGUGGGUUAUCUGACGAGGUUGACAAAAGUAGCCGCUUAUAUGGCUAAGGAUGCAGCGGACCAGGCUCUCCACAAGGAAGUAGUUACUGAAAUCGCUGCUGAUGCAUUCACUCAAACAGUUCCAACUGAAGUUGCAAGCAUGAUGAAGGAUGUUUUUACUAACAAAGUGAAAGAAGAUGACGCAAAGCCAAAGGACAACGUGAAACCUGCUAUCGAAGCAGGAGUCAAGCCCCUUAAUGCAUAUGUCUGCUUGAGUAAAAUCAAGGACGCGGCAAAGAAGGAUGAAUUCGUAGUGUUCGUGACUUACAAGAGUGACAACAAAGAACACAAGUCCAAGUUGAUGGAGGUGAAGUUUGAGAAGAACGAGUUCACUAUAAAGGUACUGGGAGCAGCAUCGGGAUCAGGAUCAGGAUCAUCUGACAAGAAGGAAGAGGGAAUGUCAAAAGGCAUCAAAAUUACUCUGAUUGUAGGUGGUCUGUUGCUUCUGGCUGCAGCAAUUGGUAUUGGAAUCUACUUCUACAUGGCAUCUCAGAAAAAGAAGCUAGUGGAUGAAGAGAACAUGGCAAUGAGCAAUGCACCUUAA